UCAAUGUUAAUGUUUGACAAGCAGGAAGAAGGGACUAGGCUUCCAUAUCUCUCAGACAGACAACAGAGCCACACUCUUUCAGUUCUCCUUUCAAGAAGUUUGUUCGCUGCUGUGUGAAGUAAUUACCAACAAAUCCAAGGAAGAACACAUUUUAAAAUAUCAUGGAGGUGCUGGUGCUGCUCGACUUUGAGGGCACCAUGGGUGACGAGCUCACAGUGAGGACUGGGGAUGUGGUCAAAAACGUCACCAAGGCUAGCGAAGAAGGAUGGCUGCUCGGGGAGCUGAGGGGGAAAAGAGGCAUCUUUCCUGCCAACUUUGUUAAGGAGGUGCCAGUGUAUUUGAUGGGUGACAGCAACAGGGAGCCAAGAAGUAUCAGAAAAACAAAGAAAGUGAAACAGACAAGGAAAUGCGAGGUCGCCUUUCAUUACAGUCCACAAAAUGAAGACGAGCUGGAGCUGGUCGUUGGCGAGAUCAUAGAGAUCGUCAGAGAGAUUGAAGAUGGAUGGUGGAUGGGGGUGAAAAAUGGCAAAGUCGGGGCAUUUCCAUCAAAUUUUGUCAAAGAAAUUUUUGUUUCCCCUAAAGAUGUGAAGCACAGUGAGGGCAAGAUUAGACCCAAACUAUCCGACACCACGUUCAAUAAGGAGGUAUCUCAGAGAGCAAGUGUGAGGCACAAAGCAAAAAACUCUGUCGAUUGUUGCCAGGCCAUGUUUGACUACAAAGCCAAAGCAGAGGAUGAGCUGGACCUGAAAAAAGGAGAUGUUGUAGUGAUAUUGAGCAAGGAAGCAGAAGAUGAAGGUUGGUGGGAGGGAGAGCUAAACGGCCGCUGCGGCCUCUUUCCGGACAACUUUGUUAUGGUGAUCCCACCAAAGGAGAGUAAGCAAUCUGGGACCACAAGCCAACCGCCUGUACGCACCAUCAGCAAGAAAUUCUCAGUGAAAACAGAGGUUUCAGCAAUGGAGAAAGGGGGUUUGUUAAAGACAAAAGAUGAUAAGCCAGAGCCUAAAGAUUUGAGAAGCAAUCCUCCAACCAAAGUCAAGCUACCAUCCUUCAACAAACCUGGUCCACCUCCAGUUAAAGACAAACCUAACAAAGUUUUACCCAAUAGAACCAAUGGUGAUGCAACUCCUGAUUCACAAAAACAGCCGGAGGAGAAGGAAGAAGCUGAUCAAUUUGAUGGGUUGGAUGUGCAGACUGAAAAGCUGAGUCAUCCUACUGCAAACAGAGCCAAACCCCCACAGAGGAGACCACCAUCUGGCCUUGCCACAGCAGCACAACCACUGAGUCAAUCAGACCAGACAGAACCAGAGCCAUCACCAAAAAAAACACAAUCAGACAAACUGCCCAUCUUGCAAAAGAGUACAGAAAAUGUGCCGCCACUCAUAAAGCUUGAACCUCUGCACAAGACGCCGCCUCCAGCACGACCAACACCACCUAAAGUCGUUGUGGGUAACAAAAUUGUGAAUCAUAAAGGAGAUGUGCCAACUGUGGACAGCCUGCAGGCCGAGAUCAAAGAGCUGAGGAUGGCUCUGGAGCUGCUUCAAACGCGACAUGAACAAGACAUGCAGGAAAUGAAAGAAGAACUGAAGGAGGAAAGAAACAAACGCCUAGCUCUGAAGGAGGAAGUGGACACACUGAAGACGAAGCAUUAAUCAUUAAUCUCAACACAGACAUUGAGCUGUUGGUCUGACACUGUGGUACGCAGGCGCUGUGGACUGCAAAUAUUAACUAGAUAUGACUAUUUCUCUGACACCAAGUGGGGGGGGGGGGGGGGGGGGGGGGGGGGGCGCACCCAACUGAAUAUAUACAAGUGAGGGGCUACUUUCAAAAGUAUUUACAGACAUAAGAACAAGCUCAUUCUUUGAUCCUCAAAGGGACUUAAUAAAUAAUAUGCUGUUCAAUGCUGUUGCAUAGCCGAUAUGAAUGCUGGAAAUCACAAGUAACGGUCCUUUCUGGACUACGCUUGGAAGAUAAUUUGUUUUACACUGUUAUGUUUCCACUGUCACACUUACUGUGUUUUUUACUGUAGGGUUCAUUGAAGGCUCUUUUUAAUGCCUCAGUGGAACUUGUAAUAUACGUACCUGUACAUAACGGGAAAUAAUGUGAUGUCUUUUACAAAGAGGAAAAAAAAAAUUCAUUUAAAAGAAAUAUUGUUACCUUAACGUUAAUAAAGGAAAGACUACUGACAUAGAGGUGAGUUGAACUGUGUUGAUACUUCUGAGGCAUUUUAUAUUUCUUGAGAAUCAUAAAUCUGAUUGGUAAACAAAGCAGAUAGUUUUGUCUUUUUCAGGAACAUGUGGAAUUAUUACGUGGCUUAAUCCGAAAUGAGCAUUCUUCCUACUCAACCUUUUAUUCUCAUUUUCUAGUAUAUGCAUUUACAGUUGAGGCGAUACCGAUAGUAUCGGAAAUACUUGCUAAUCCUGUAUCCCCUUAAAAAGAGGGCAUUGGGCGAUUAUUUCUGUAUAAACACCAUCCGAUACCAUGGAAACGGAAUAAAUUUUUUUCCUGCCCAACCCCACCAACAUUACCACACACAGACACAAGAAGUGACACAAUCUUGCAUGACAACUGCUUUGACUUUUAGGCUGAAAAGCAGCUGCACCCGAGUCCCUGUUGUGCUAACAUUUAGUGUUAUGCCAGCAAUUUGGUGACAUCACUUAUUAGAAAAUCUCACUGGCAAAACAGCAACAUGCCUAACAUGCGAGGCUGAAAUUUCCUGAACGACCAGCCUGCCCGUCGUGGAAAAUGUUCACUUCAAAUACAAUUCCACAUUUUCUUUUUAAUAGAAAUUCUUUGAUUUGAGUUCAACUACAUUGUUGUAGGUGAACCAUUGUUCUCAUGUGUUAAUUCAUGCUUUAUAGUUUAACUUAUGCUAGUAACAAAAUUAUCGAAGAACAAAGUCUAUAAUAAAUAUAAUUUAUAUAAAUUAUAAAUUUAAUAUACCUCUUAAUAAAAGAACACAGGUAUCAGAUCAGUACUCUAUCGGCAGAUACCUAAACCACAGGUAUCGGAAUUAGUAUAAGGCAAUAAAAGAAGGUAUGGGAACAUCCCUACAUGCAUUAGAAACCACUGUUAAAAAACUUCAAAUUUGUCUUUUGUUUAUGGUCAACUUUAGCUUAACCAGCAACUAUAGCCUCCUAUAUAUUGUUAAGAGAUGUCACCUCUUGCCUCAAAUACAUAAAAUAUUUAAGAAGAGCUCACAGGUUCUCAACAGGAUUAAAAUCAGGAGGGAAAGUGGCCAUGUCAUUAUACAGCCAUUACUUUGCCUCUAGUGUAGUUGCUGAAUAGUAGAAAGGAGCAUUAUUCUACAUAAAGAUGGUGGCUUUUGUGAAUCCUUCCUGUUCUAUUAACUUUAAAAGCUUUUUUUCCAAGUUUAUCUACCUCAUACUUAAUGGACUCAUCCCAGCAGCAGCCCUCUUCCCUGCUGCUUGUGCCCGAUUGGUUGUGCUGUUCAUUAAAGAUCAAGUCAUGUGACUUUUCCAAUAAAACCUAUGAAAGAUUUGAUCUUUUUUAUCUGGCUGCGAAUCUUAUUUAGUGGUGUUCAGGUUUCAGACUUUUUCGUCUUUUUUUUUAGCUUGCAUUUUGUAUUCUUCAUCUGUGCCAGAACUCUGGAAUAUGGUAACAUGGAAGGAAAAUGGACUCCUACUUUAUAAUUUUAUUAAUAUUUUUAAAUCGAUAUAAUCAACUUGCAUGUUUUCUUCUUCGGGCACUUUUUGUGACCAAUUUAUUCACAAAAAUCAGCUUGUCCUGUGGUCCUGCUAUCUCUUUAGUUUAAAGAUGCUGCAUCUGUCUGCAUGUUAUCAUUUUGGCUCUUCUGUGUAAGGUAACUUGCUUUGUUGACCAUUUUAACUUGGGUGAGGACAUUAGUGUCCACAGGGGAAUAUUUUAUUUAUGACCUAAAAUGAUUCAAGUGAAUAUAGAUGCAAGUAUAUUUAAUUUAGAGUUGGAAGAUACACGGAAAUUAGCUUAAAAAUAUCCCCCCAUUUUUAUCACUGUGAUGUUGCAUCGCUCCACUAGAGGGCGCUGCUUAUCCAUUUUUCUACACAGAGACGUGCUGUGUUUCUAAGUGAAUGCACAACUGGUGGAAAUAACCUUAUAAAAGUAACUUCGCUUUAGAUAAAACAAAACAGAAAAGCAGAAAAAGAGGUGGUAACUUUGAAAGUUUAAGAGUUGAGCGAACUCUGACUAAAAGUGCAGGAAUCCUACAGUUUGCGGUCAUUUUUUUCUGUUAAGUGGAAAAGCCAACUUGUGUCACUCAGAAACAUUCUCACUCAUAAAAUGGUGACUCAUCACCUCUGAUGUUGAUAACAGUGGAGGUGGGGGGGAUUAAUAAAACAUUUUUGGACAAUUGAAGCCAGAGGGGAGAAGUAUAUUAAAAAUGACUAUUCUUUGACUAAACUAUCUUUAAAACAAAGUGUGAAGUCUUAAUUUUGGCUCUAAAUGAUAAUGGUGACGAUAGAAAUGGUGACACUGGGACACAUUGCAAGGAUGAGUAGAGAUGCACAGCACAGAGCACACAUCUGAACCACAGUUGGAGCUCAUCAGGCCCUGGUGUUCCAGAGACAUCCACAAAAAAUGUUAUUCUUAAAAUCUAUGUUGAAUGAUUGUCAUUAAGACCAUGUCUCCUUACCCCUACGCUCUUUCUGUGAAGCUCGGCAUUUGCAAUUGAACAUUAUGCUUUUGCACUGACCUCUAACAAAUUAAUAAUCUCAGCAAUAACAAGCGUUGCUUGGACUGCAAUAAAUCAUAGCAAACCGCUUUCGAAUAUCUGACUCAUUCUGCAUAAAUGGAAUACUGUAGAUCCAAGGUGACGACAGCUCGGCUCAGUGCACCAUAUUAAUGGUGGAAUUUAAAACAACUUUGACUAAUCUGCUGGUAGUAAAGAAAACAGUUUAAAAGUGAAGCUUUUUGGAACUCAUGAGUUGGUUAGUUAAAAAAAAAAAAAAAAAAAAAAGUUCAGAAUUUAAAUUAGAAAUAAUA